AUGGUGACCCUGGGCCUUUCCAGGGUGGACGACGCCGUGGCCGCCAAGCACCCGGGCCUCGGGGAGUAUGCAGUAUGCCAGUCGAGCGCCUUCCUGAAGGGUCUUCUCACCUUUGUCGCAGGCACCGGCACAGCCCUCGGCCUGCAGAUGCUCGUCCACCGGAAGUAUCCGUACCACUUGAAGUGGACCGUGCUGGUGGCCGUGGUCACAGGUUCAGUGGCCAGCUAUGGGGUGACACGGGUGGAGACCCAGAAAUGCAGCAACCUCUGGCUCUUCCUGGAGACAGGGCAGUUCCCCAAAGACAAAGGUACAGGGGAGAAGUCCUCGGGGCAGGAGAGGGGAGGCACACCUGAGGCUCCAGUGCUCAGGGAUUGA